AUGGAAGGCAGCACGUUUCUACUGUCCAAUCAGAAGGAACAGUCGCGGGGCACGCCUCUCUUCUGCGAUUUCUACGACACCCACGCGAAGGCCUACUGUAAGCGUCUGCGUGCCGUUUGUGAGCACACCAAAGAGCCCAAAUAUCCCCCCGACAGCAUCUGCGGUUUCCCUCUUGUGGAGAAUGAGGAGGCGCGGCUUCAGCGAUCCCUGGCUCAGCGUGCUGGUAUUCUCGGCAUGCUUCUCCAUCGCACUGUCGAAGACACGGGGCACAGUGAUGAGGAUGAUGAUGCGGAGGAAGCCGAUGGCGGACGGUAG